CUCUCCCGGUCUCGCCCUUCCUCUUCCGCUUUCCCUCCGAGCUGAGCUCCGAAGAUGGUGCGCUACUCGCUGGAUCCGGAGAACCCCACCAAGUCAUGCAAGUCCAGGGGCUCCAACCUGCGUGUGCACUUCAAGAACACUCGUGAGACUGCCCAGGCCAUCAAGGGCAUGCACAUCCGCAAGGCCACCAAGUACCUGAAGGAUGUGACCCUGAAGAAGCAGUGUGUUCCCUUCCGUCGCUACAACGGAGGAGUUGGUCGAUGUGCCCAGGCCAAGCAGUGGGGCUGGACUCAGGGGCGCUGGCCCAAGAAGAGCGCGGAGUUCCUGCUGCACAUGCUCAAAAACGCAGAGAGCAAUGCUGAGCUCAAGGGUCUCGAUGUGGAUUCUCUGGUGAUUGAGCACAUCCAGGUGAACAAGGCUCCCAAAAUGCGCCGGCGCACCUACAGAGCUCACGGGAGGAUCAACCCCUACAUGAGCUCCCCCUGCCACAUCGAGAUGAUCCUCACUGAGAAGGAGCAAAUCGUCCCCAAGCCAGAAGAAGAAGUUGCUCAAAAGAAAAAGAUAUCCCAGAAGAAGCUGAAGAAGCAAAAACUGAUGGCUCGGGAGUAAAUCAGAAACAGCAGAUGUACAUAAAUAAAGUUAAAAACUUUAAA